CUUCUCGAUUGUCGGCCAUUUUGUUCUGCACUUGUGAAGUCGUUGGAGCAUUUUAGGGGAAAUGGCGGCUGAUAGCGGAGUUGAUAUCGAUCUCUACGCUGAAGUAGACGAAAUAGACCAUGAUAUUGGUGGUCAGCUUGAUAGUGGAGGUGUAGAUCUAUAUGAUGAUGUAUUGACCACAUCUGCAGAACAGCAAGCUGAAGAUGAAGCACUGCAAGGUGUUGUUAGUUAUUCUGUGGAUAUGGUAAUGCCUCCUGAGAUACAACCACAAGCAGGUGGAUAUGAUUACAAGUCUUAUACUACGGUCCAUCCAAAGUCUGCUGCCUCCCAGGCUGCGCAGAGCCAUUUUGAACGUCAGCGUGGAAAACCACUUUAUGUUGGGAAUAUGACAUGGUGGACAAGAGACCUGGAAUUAACAGAAGCAUUACAGGAAUGUGGAGUAACUGACCUGGUUAAUAUCAAGUUCUUUGAGAACAGAAACAAUGGCCAGUCUAAAGGGUUUGCAUUGAUUGAGCUUGGAUCAGAAAAGUCUGUACAACUGGUACAAGAGCACCUACCAAAAAUUGAACUGCAUGAACAGAAGCUUGUCGUAACCCCAGCAACCAAGCAGCACUUGCAUGAAUUUGAAUAUCAAGCAAGGUCUAAAGCUGGAGGUGUUGGAUCAAACUACCCAGGUCAUGGAGGACAGUUUGGACAAGAUGGGCAGUCAGGACCUGGUUACCAUGGUGGAGGAGGUGAUAGGGGAAGAGGGUAUUUUGGCUAUAAUAGAGGGGGAUUCAGAGGAAGGGGUGGUGUACGUCCAGGAAUGGGAAGAGGAUUUGAAGGAGAAAUGGCCCCAAGAGGACCAUGGAUGGGCCCACCAGGUCAAAUGGGUGGUCCAAGGCUCCCUCCUCCAGGCAUGGUUCCUCCAUUUGGAGACCAGCAACCACCACCGUUUGGAAUGAACCCCAAUAUGGGUCAUUUUCCUAAUGCUGUGAUGGGUAUAGACAAACCAUCUGGCCAUGGACCAGCACCUCCUCAAAUGGCCAUGCCUUCCAUUGGCCAUGGCCCUGGUGUAGCUAUGGGUAGUGAUCCAUACUUUGCUAGAAUGGGUAUGAUGGGACAAAUGCAGAGACCUCCAGUAGCUCCACAUGUUAAUCCUGCAUUCUUUCCUGAAGGGCCACUGCCUGACUUUGCUGCAGUUUCCAUGGCUAGCAGAGUUGAUCCUUUGGCCAGCCAAUAUUCAAGCAGACAAGAUGAUUAUACAGAGUCAAUCAAGAGAAAUUCCACUGUCGCUGGCAGUGCUAUAAAAAAAGCAAUAGCAGAUGCCAACUCUGGGGAUAAUGAGAGUGGAAUAGAGACUUUGGUAACAGCAGUAUCCCUUAUUAAACAGUCGCCAUCAGCUAAUGAUGAGACCUGUCAGAUUUUAGUCCAGAAUUUGCAAAGCUGCCUACAAGGCCUUGAAUCGAAAAUGCUAGAAAGAAGUCUCAGUCGAAACAAAGAACGAUACGAAGAAAAAGACGAAUACACAGGUAGUGAUAGAGAAAGUUCAAGAAGACACCGUCGAAAAAGAUCCAGAUCACGUGACAGGCGAUCUAGAUCACGUGACAGGCGAUCGCGAUCACGUGACCGAGACCGUGAGCGCCACAGGAGUAGUAGGAGGUAACUGCUGUUUGUCGGCGCACGAUAUUUCACCUCAGUUCCUGUGUGUAAAAGCGGAUCCAACUCGUGUAGUUCAUAUGAAAGAAGGUUUUUAUAAACUGAGCUGCUACACAUGAGUUAUAAAGCAUUCAUAUGUCUUAUAUUGAAAGGUACAAAGAGCUAGUUACCUGUUAAGCCUGGUUUUUACAAGCGACGCAAGCACAAACGCAAGCGCGAGCGCAAGCGCAAGCACAAGAGGCGUUAGACAGUUUUCACGAUGAAAUAAGACCUCUUAUGCUUGCGCUUGUGCUUGCGUCGCUCGUGAAAACCAGGCUUUACCCUGCCUCCUACGCAGCCGCUAUUAGUGUCGUCUCGCAGCCUGUGUGCUUUCGUAAUGAAUAUUUAAAUACUUGCUCUGUCCCUGUUCGUAAAAAUUCUUCAUGUUCUGUUUUAUUUAAAUUUUGUAUGUGUGUUUAAGUCAAGGAAAAACUUUUUAAAGAGAGGUAUUUUGAAAACCAUUAUUUCACACACUUGUUUAUUAAAAACAAUUUUUGGCAGGACUUUAAUGGAUGUCUUGAUAUAACCUUUCAAACACUAGAGGGCAUACAGUAAAACCAUGAAAUAAUAAAAAAAAGUUGUUAGAGUACAAACACUAUAAGUGUGUAACAUAAAUACCACUAAAUACUGCUAAAUUAUGCUAAUCCUAUUGUUUUCUAUUGUUUAAUUAGCACUAUUUACUACUAAAUAGUGCAAAGUGUUGCACACUUUUAGUGUUGAUUUUUUUGGAUGUUCUGUUUAAGUGAUAGCAACUGUUAGUCACUAAAUAGCUACUAUUUGUCUCUAUCAACUUUGUUUUUAUUUAAUAGUUUUAUGGCAUGCACUCUAAAUACACGUUUUUAAAAAAGGGUUUGGCAGCCAAAGGCAUAAGCAAUAGACCCCUUGGAUGUGACGUCAAAGCAGCUCAAUUUGGAGGUCAUAAAAGAAUUACAAUCCCGUCGAAAUAGGUAAUCCAUAUGUAUGUCCUCCAAAUUGAGCUGCAUUUCGACGUGCUGUAGACAGUCUUUAGCUUCGUUGUUUAUUGUCCCAUUUCACUCGGCGCGCUUUUUACUUAUACGAACUUUCUAACUCUAACUCUCUAAUUUAGAGUGAUUUUGAUAAACCCGUAAAACAGAUAUCAUUAGUUAGCGUGUAACAAUGAAAUGACAAAUUGAUAAAAUAGAAAUAGGGUCUACUAAUAGGGUCUGAGGGUCUACUAAUUUAUAUAAGGCUGGUGUGUAUUUCACGCGGGUUUAUGAAAACCACUAUAAAAGUAGAGUGACCACAGUAAAUCCGUGAAACUUUAAUAAUACUAAAUAGCACAAUUUCAUGCAAAUUCCAUUGUUUUCUAUUGUUUAAAACUAGCACCAUUUUGUAGUAUUUAGUAAUUAGUGUUUCACGGAUUUAGACUACUGUGGUCACUCUAUUGGUUAAAAGAGUAUUGUAUGUUUGGAUGUUGUACGGAUUCUGCUAUUUUUGUCACCACAUUUGUAAUUCUUAGCUAUUUUAAUGGUGUAUAUUGUAAAUGCUGUUGCAUUCUGUAUUAAAGGAAAUUCACUUUA